UAUUUGGACGUGAGUAUCAUCUUCUAAGCAUGCAUUUAGUUGAUGAAAUGUACAUCGUAGAUGAAUACGAUGCUUUCAUAAUACCAGAUUCUUGUAUGGACUUAUUACAAAUCGGAAACGCUAUCGAAAUAGUGAAAAAAUUUAAGGUACGAUUGAUAAAAUAUUAUCGUCAACUUAUUAAAAAACUACGUAAAGUGACUCGACUCCCAAGUGCGGGACCACCAACUGCUUCACCAUCUGGGUCAAAAGCAAAAUUAAAAUCGCAUUGA